AUGAUAAACUCUUUAUAGAAAGGUUUAGAAAAAAUAGAUAUUUUUGGAUAAACAAUUACGUUAAAUAUGAAUAAGAAUGCUAACUACACAACCUCAUUUGGUGGCUUCUCCUCUAUCCUUAUUAUUUGCCUUUUAAGCAUUAUAUUUUUUUCGAACAUCUCAGAUUUUUUUAGCAGAGAAAAUGUAUUCUAUGACACAUAGACUACUUUUUCUAAUGACCCCCAUGAAAUGGUAAUGAAUGAUUCAAAUGCAAUGUUUGCACUAUCAAUUGAUCAAAGCAAUUUUACAACUAACCCUUUUUUCAACAUAUCAGUAGAAUAAAGGUAAGAAUAUAUUGAUUUAGAAUAUAUACAAGAUCAUUAGAUGGAUCCCUAAAUAAAACUACAAUUUAAAUACCUCUUUAACCUUGCAUGUUGGAUAGGUUUAAUAAUGUUGUAUUAAAUUAAGGAAUAGAUCUUGAUUUUAAUGAUGAGUUUAACUAUUUGGGAAUGAAUAAAUGGUUAUGCCCAGCGUAAAAUAUAUUUAUUUCAUAGUCAAAAUUAUAAAUUCUAACUAGAAGGUACAUAUUCAAGUGAAAUAUUCAAAUUUAUUAAGAUUGUGGUGACAGGAUGUAAAAACAAUUCAAACUCAUCAUAUUGGAAUCCAAAAUGUGCCGAUGAAUUACAGAAAAACAAUUAUUUAAAAAGCGAAGGAUAGUUUAAAUUAUAAGUAUUUUAAAUUAACACUAUGAUCAAUCCACAAUAAGCAAGAAACUAUAAGACUAUGUAUUUAGAUAGUGAUAUGUACUUUUCUUUUGUACCUUACAAAUUAGCAAGGUUGGCUAAUGUUUAUUAUAGAUAAUAUUUAGUGAACAAUGAUCAGAGUUUACUACCUUAUUAGUAUUGAAAUUUAUUUUCUAUUUAUAGAGAUAUUAAGACAGAAGAAGUAAUUAUAAGAAAAGCAGAAGAUUUUAGAGAUUUAACUGAACUUGGCAGAGAUACUGAUAAUAAUUUUGCCACUUUAUAUUUAAGAAGAAGUCCAUUUACUGAAAUAAUUAAUAGGAAUUAUUAAAAAGUUGGAGAUCUCUUAUCAUAUCUUGGAGGAUUUAUGCAAAUAUUAAAAGUAAUCUUUGGUUUCUUUAUCGCUUUUUAUAAUCGAACAUCUAUGUUAAUUGAAUUAUCAAAUAAACUUUAUGAUUUUAAAGAAGUUACAAAUAGAUCUUUUUUGAGAAAAGUGGCACUAUCUUAGAAAACUGAGUAAAGAGGAUCUAUUCCCGAUGAAAUAAGCAAUAAACUUUAAAAUUUACAAAACACUGAUUUAGAAAAGGCAGAAUGGAAAUAAUUUAUUGAUAAAUUAUUAGAAAGAUCAUAACCUAUAAGGUUAAAUAUAAAAAUAUUAAUUAAUUAAAUGAGUUGUGGAUACUUUUUUAAUAAUAAUAAUUCUGAAUUUUUUACUAAAGCAAUGUAAAUUAAAUUUAAUUUAUUAAAGGUUAAAAAUUAAUAGUGAAUUAGAUUUGCAUAAUAUUCUGCAUUAACUUUAAGAAAUAACAAAAUUAAAGUCUGUUUUAUUAUAGAAACCUCAAAUAAUUCUAUUCAAUUUUACUCCAAAACCAAUAAUUACUUUAGGAUAAGAUCAUACUGUUCCAACAAGAUUAGAAGUGGCAGAAGAUUUGAAUAAAUAAUCAUACAUUAAAGCAAGUGCUAAUCAAUUAAAUGAAGAACUUUUUGCAUCUCUUUAAGAAGUACAAAAAAACAAUUUAUUAUAGGCAUAUAAGAUGGUGACUGAAGAAAUGGAAGAUAGUCCUAAUAUAAAUCCUUGUUAAAGAACCAUAAAUUUUAAAUUAACCAAAUAGAUAGAUUCUGAAUUAGGAAAGCUACUUAAAAAUGUUAGACUUAGUUCUUAUAAAAUAAAUGAAUCUAACAAUAAUAAUGAAAUUUAAGAGGAUCAUACAUGA